AAGCCUGAAUUUUUUUCAGCCUUUAAUUUCACAACUGCUUAAGUUGUGAAUAUAAUUGCGAUAAUCAUUGAUGUAAUACUACCCCUUAAUUAUGAUCCUCUGCACCAGGGUCAACUAGAGUUUUGGUUAUACGGUAUACAGUGGAGUUAACUGAAAUUGGCCCUGGGGGAUGGUGGUAUACAAUAUUUUCAUGCAAAAAUGAGAGUAUUUUCAGUUUUUUUAGUUGCUGAUGUAAAGUAUUUGUUGUUUGGUUUCUUUUCUCAGGAAAGUGGUUUGAUAUUUUUGGAAAAAUUGUUGGGUUGUUUUUGAGUAGUUCUUUUUUGAGAUAUAUUGAUACACCUCUAUCCAUGCUUCCCCCUUUUUGGAACAAACAUCUUAAAAGUAAAUUAAUUCUCUAUUGCCCAUCAGCUGCCUAUGAACAUGCAUGCAAUCCACUUUCAAAACUCUUUGCCACACAAAAGCCGCUCAGAAACCAUACAAUUGGGCCGGGAGGGAUUCCUUACGUUUCUUCUAGGAGAAGUUGUGACUUACAACCCAGAAGAGACAACGAGUAUCAACUUUCCAUCUCGGCUGAUUUGUGUUUUUUAAAUGCAGGUUCCGGCUGAACAGAUAUCACUUUUGAACAAACUCAAGAAGCAUCUUCACAAUCCUCUGAAAACUACGCAAAGCGCUUACAAGGUUGCCAUGGGUUCUGAGCCUGAGUGCACGGGUUUUGAGGACGAUGCAAGUUGUGUGUGGACACUGGAUUACAUUUGGUUCGAUUCAGAAAAUUUAAAGGUCACAGCUGUGUUGGAAACUUUACCCGAGUCAGCUAUUGCUACGUACAGAGGAUUUCCGAAUGAGUAUUUUUCAUCAGACCAUUUUUCUUUGAAGGCAAAUUUCAAGAUCAUUGAAAAACUUUGAUUGUUGCGACAGUAAGCUACGAACAGGGUUGCCACAAGUCUCCCUCCCUGUAUUCAAACCAAAAAAUACAAAAGUUUCUUGUGUGUUGAAAUUUGUCCCCCUCUUCAGUUUCUCUGUAACUGACGAAUCGUUCCAGUUGAAUAAUAUAAUGGCGCGCUAUAUAAACUGAGCUCUGGUCAGCCUCUAGCAGUACUCAGACGUUUUGGAGACAUGUUGCGUGAGAAUUCUAUGACAAAAACAGGACAAUGACAGAAUCCUGUAUUAAGUCAUAUCUCAGAGUACACAUCUUUCAAAAGAUUUCAUUAACUCGGCCCAGGGUCAUCAUUACACGAGAGUGCGGUUGUUCACGAAAACACGCAUGUCUGGGAUGUCUAGUCAUGCCAGAACAAGUCUACAGAAAAAGAAAGAAAACAUUGCGGUCAAACACGCGAUGCUUAUUUAACACGACAAUUUUUGUUAUAUUAGACUACAACACGGUGUGGCAUCUUGUGUAUAUAAUCAAUGGGGUUUUGCCCGGCGUAAGUAUUCAGUGUAAGAUUGCAUGAUGCUCUGAUCAGUUAAUUCACUUUUAUCCACAGGGUCAAGUUGUGGUUUGCGGUCAAACGAACACGCGUACGUAUAACCCUUUCAUGCCUGACUAACAACUACACAGGUUCUCCCUAUCUCCAUAUGGCUUUUGUCUACUUUCUAGUUGGGAGAAUUUGAUUAUCCAUUAAGACAUGGUUGACUCUGAUCGCACUUGGAUCUUACCGAGAUCAAAUCUCGGAUAAUCUUAUCUGCGACACGUUUCCUCCAGUAGUAAUUGAUUUUAAUUUGCUCUCUUUUCCAGCGCCCUUAAAUCCGGAAAAUGUUUGAAACACUUCUAGCUGGUGUUUUAGAAACUAAGUCAAAAGUGCUAUUAGUCAGACAGAAUGGUGAAAUGAAUGAAGGAAAAUGUCAGAGUUGAUUAAAUGGGUCUAACGAAGAGUUGUUUAAACUCUAUGACUUUUCUGACGCCGAUCGUGAUCCAUAUAAUCUUAGACGGGAUAGAAUGUCUGAUUAGAAUGACCCUUCUCCCCUCAGCCUAAAGUCUGUAAUGAAUUUGCGCUAAACCCAACACGCGCUAUUUUUCCACCAUUGCAACUGGAACGUGAUGGUCUUACCUACUUUAUUAACAAACAGGUUCAAGGCAUCUUAGGCCCAAGUUUGGGCCUAAGAUGCCUUGAACCUGUGCUUGGCUGACAGAGGGGCAAGUAGAAUUUUAGACUGAAAAGGCCGAUCAUUUAAAUGAAACUUAGAAAGGGCCAGUAACUUGAGAAAAAGUCACGAACUAAACUAGCUUACAUCACGUCAAGUAAACGCGAUCCACUUAGUGAAACAGGGUCGCAAAAUUAGAAUUUCUUAGGUCUUGUACAUCGUAAGGGUUUUUAUGGCUGAGCGGCACAUCCCCACCCAAUGUUUUUGGCGAGUACCCCCGGGGCAGAUCAAAGGGAAAGACUUUUUAGUAAAAGGCAGAAGGACUUCUCUCCCCUUUUAAAACAGUAAAAAAGCCACAUCUUCUUUAUCACUCUCAUCCCCUUCCUUGCCGUUUUGAGCACCGUUUGCCAUCUAAAUCGGCGCUUAGAUCCUGUUUUAGACACAGGAAAUUGUUAUAUGUCCACUUGUCAUUUAACUACAACCAGCUGGGAACACUCAAGACUAUCAUUUUCACUGGAAAUGAAGUCAUCAAUAUUCUGAUUGUACAAACAGACAGCGUUGAGUACUCAAAUUUAGGGCGGGGAUGCUUCGCCCACGUGAAAACAAUAACUAUUUUAAGAAACGUUCGAGCAGUGUUUUAUGAUUAUGUCCUGCGGCAGUGAAAUAAAAUCCAUUCGUAUGCACUCACGGAACAGGCCUUGUUUGUUGAGUUCAUCUUUUUGGUCUGAGAACUAAAAUCAUAUAAACUGUACCUCCAAAUUUACUAUCAAGACCUCGUCGUAAUAGACAGUUUGCCUGGUGCUGAACUCGUGUUAACUGUAGUUUUAUCAUUUAACACUAAUAAACAAGCAUAAACAAGUUCAGGCCAUGCUGGAGGAAACAAAACUACUAUAAACUCGAGCUCAUAACUGACCACUCGCUUCUAUAGACACUUUCCUUGGUCCGGAAAGGCCAAGAUGCCAUUUCUCAGGUUCUAACCGCUACAAUAAGAACACCUUGUGUAGACCAUAAUUUCAUCAAAUUUUAUCACUAUUUUAGCAGUGAUAAACGCUUGCGUGUAAUCCAUUUAUACCUUCAUACUGGCACCUUAUGGAGCUGGAAUGUACCUAAUUAGAGCAUGAUUAUAGAUACCCCCAUAAAUGGCACUUGAGUUUGUCCCUUCCGGGUGUCCGUAUUGUAUCAACAACGUGAGGAUAUGCAAACUGUUAUCACAACAUUGAAUACCUCCUGACUACACGGACACUUGACCAUCUCGUGCUGUUGGAUGUGUCAAACUGAAGUGAGGUCACGAAAUUAACACGAUUAGCGUUAAUCCAAAAAGCUUGUGUCUAAUGUGACUGCUUGUUUACAAUCUGAAAUUAUUCUCUCAAGUUCCUGAAAUCCAUAAUACCCUACCAUAAUCUCUUAGAAAAACGGGAAUUUGUAUUGAUCGUUAGAGCCAUCGUUGAAAACGUAAAACUGACAAUGACAUGGCUUUUAAAAACUGUGCGACAAAGUAAGAGAAUGGUAAUACAGGGUGGAGUUCCUGCAUAUGUUCGUGCUUAUGGUGUGAGCCAUGUUGAGUUGAUUACGAGACGGUUAUGACCUCUCUAUACGGUACCCAGACUAAUGAAAUCUGUGUCUCUUGUCCACUAAGUGUCGGGCUCUUUUCAAAGCAGGACUGAUUAAGCCAAGCCCUACCCUGAAUCGAUAUUGAAAUGGAAGCAUACGAAAGAGAGGUUUUUACUCUUUAAGUUUUAGUAUUCCGAACAUUCUAUUGGUUAUUAAAAAACGUGACGGUGGGUUGUAACAAAUUACCGUUAUUACAUUUCAUUCACAUCCGGUUUUUCGUCACGCAUGUCUAUCUGUAACGUAACGAAAAUUCCAGAAACUUUCAGUUUAGCAAGUUGUGGUGUCCAACAAAAUUAUGUUGCAAACGAUUUGAUUUAUUUUUGGUGAGAUUUUUUACAGGGAAGUAUUUAGCUCUACUUUAUUUUUUUAGAAGGUUUUUCUUAAUGGGGGAGAUAGUGAAACUAAACUGCGAAACAUUUUCGGAUUUUGUAUUUCGUAGGGUGGGGGCGACAUAUUCGACAGGAGACGAAAUGUCUUCUCAAAUAUCACAAUCUAUCAAAGAUUAGAAAAAUAAAAGCAUUUAAAUCGAUAUCCUGUUGGAAGCCACAGCAAUCUCAAGUAGAAAAGCCGGAUCUGUGGGCACGUUCGUUUAGACCAAUAGUGUGGGAUUGUGUCUUAAAAACAGCCACGCCGUGACUAUGGGAAGCCAUUAUACUCUUGUCCUCUAUCCGAUCAAAAUGUCACAAAAAUUGGUCAACCUCUUGUUGAGAUUAUUUGUACUCGCGUUUGUUCUUCUGGCUGAAAGUGGAAGCGGUUCGUUUAACAUCACGAGAUACACAGCCGGUGAUGUUUUUCAAAACAUAAACUCUUCAAGAUCUUGUAACGACAGUGGUGCAAAAUGCGUUUUCGACGGAGAGAAUUCGCCAUUUUGUGGGAUCAACUGCUGUUUCUGUAGGUGCAACAGUCAAACACCGACAUAUCUUCAAAGAAACGGCAACUGCAGUUCAGAAGAUCGAUUGAUGUCCAUUUUGAAAGUCCAAAGUACUAUUCAAGGUUGUAAUCAUCGCACGGUUUUGGGUGUGGACCAUUUUCAGUGUCUGAAUGAGGUUCUUACCACACUGAGCACCGAAAUUCCAGGCAACAAUACCUUAUAUCUGUGUCCAUGGAAGAAGGAGGUCGGCCUUAUUCACUUCCAGCUGGCUAAGAACUUGUUGAGAUGUGAGAUUCUCUCCAAUGAAUCGCUUUAUCUCUUUAAUGGCAGUUGGAAACUUUUUCCACCUGAUGAACAAGUCCUGUCAAAGCUAAAGGUUGAAAUUCGACCAGAUCCCUUUCUUGAAGGUGUGAACAAGCUUUUUCUCAAAUGGACCACUAACUUUGGAAAGCAGUAUGACGGUCGCAUUUUGUCGCUCAAGUUGCAAUGUCAUGGCGAACAAGGAAAACUUUUGAAUUCUUGCGUGCAUUUCAAGAAAAGUGGAUCCCUUACCGACAUCAAGCCAACUUUAAUACCAUCAAUGAAAAGCACCCGCGUAAGAAAUUCUUCUGUCCAGAGGAAUACACCGACAGUAGCAGCCACAACAACUUUCGCGUCUGUUGGAAGGGUCUCCAUUUCGACGACUACGCAUGUGCUGAUUGCUGAUGAUACGUCACUCGGAGACAAACGAAAGAAGUACAACGUAGUUGUUAUUAUUCUGGCAGCUUUAGGUGCGGCUUUGUUCGUCUCCCUUGCGUGUGUAGCCGUUAUUUUUAUUCUGUGGAGACGCAGCCGACGGUUUAAUAUGAGAAAAGAAGCCAAGAACGCCUCUAAUCCUAUUUACGAGCGAGGUGCCUCGGACACGUUAAAAAUGGCGUCAAUCACAAACAGAAGCGGAGAAAACGAGGAAGAAUGGCCCGAGUAUCAGCCGUUGGUGGAGAAUACGAAGCCCAAUGAACAGUCAGACAGCCUGCCUGGUUACCGAGCGCUGUCUACUGGACAGAGGCCCACCCAAGGGGCCCGCUCGUCCAAUUAUCUUAGUUUAAUAAAAGACGAUACGGAAGAAGGGCGAAAUUAUCAGACUUUGGUAAAAGAUGUCGACCCACAGGUAUUACAGACUGUUAAUGAAGAAAAGAUUCCCGAUUACCAGGAGCUAGAAGAACGGACCGAUAGUGAAGAUUCGUUUGAUUCUUCUCACCAUCCUUCCAUGGAUUCCAAUUUAGAUUACGAAGAUCCUCCCUUGGAGGCAAUUAUGAAGAAAAUAAACCCUUCCAAACCAGGGAAACAAAAAAUAAACGAUUUAUCUUCAGACAUGCAUGAUUAUGACGAGCCAGAAGGUAUUAUCGUCAUAUCAGACCAUGGAGAUAACAACGAGCAGGCGAUAAAAGACAAUAUUGACUUUCACGAUUACGCCGACCCGGAUAAUACUGAUGAAGAUAACACAAAAUGUCACGUGGUAGUUAGUGAAGAUGCUUCUUGUUACCAUGAUUACGAUGAUCCCGCUGAAUGAGAAUGGGACCCGUGACAUUGAAUGGGUCUAUAGUGUGGUAUAAGAAUCAUUUACUGGUCACGGCAUCUAUGAUCGUGACUAGUUUUGAGCGUGACUAGUCAUGAGCGUGACUUCCUGUAAGCGUAACUUUCUGUAAGCUUGACUCGCUAUGCGUGACUUGCUAUGGUUAUGCUGGAUUUAUCACAGUCAAGCCUCAAACCCCGUCUAUCCAACAGACGAACAAAUCGAAGUGAAAAAGAGCUGGCGGGAUUCAAGAAUCUUUUUCGAUCAGAAUUCCAUUCUCGAGAGUUAACUGAGCUCUCGGCACUGUAGUUGCCUAGCAACGCGACAUAACCUGACGGUGACAAACUGACGACACAACUGUUGGAAUGUUCGUGCUUUUUCUGAUUUGUCAGUGAGAAUAUUGGGAAUUCUUUGUCUCUUAUAACUCCGACGAAUAUAACAAGUAUUUUUUUCCCUCACUUAAGCGAGCAUUUCUCAAAAACGUCAGUGGUUCUCCUAGCUAUUCCAGUGUUCUAGUCGACAAAGCAAAGGUGUCAAAGUUAGGUGUAUGUUGCUCACUUUUCACGGACGCUCUGUACACAAUCUGAAGUGGAGGGUGGAAUCUCACUUGAGGGAGGGGAAAGACUGGGUAUUACGAAAAUGGUCACUUCUUCCUUGAUAUCUUCACCAAAAAACAGUCAUUGACCAACAGUCAUUGGUCACAAUGAAGGCCUACUUCAAGUUAUAUAUGCUGUGCUCAAGUAUGAACCAAGUUAUUUAAUCGUUUAAGGAAAAUCUCUAUAUCUGGCGAAAAGGCUUUUCGUUUAUUUUCGGUUUUGUAAAUAGUGAAGAUUUACCUCUAAGAGUAGAAAUUUAGUGUACGGGCUAGAACUUGCUCUUCAAAAGAACAGAAUGAAACUUGAAUUUAGCGAAGACAUCGUUUUAGGUGUCCUAAAUAAGUUUAGUGCUAAGUUAGCAUCUAGUGGUCUCUCGUUUUACGCAUGCUCAGUUUCAUCCCUUGCAAGACCCGCACUGAUGACGUAACACUAAAGAGAUCUGAUUGGUCGUGGCUCGCGCGCGAAAAUUUGUGACAGAUGGAAACGCCCGUCAGUGACCUACGUAUCUGCGUGAUGGUUACGUCAUUAGAAUUUGAGUCAGACGUUUCUGUAACGGAACAGUACAGUGCACAUUGAAAGACGGCUAGCUAAAAUUUAAAUAUUGAUAAUUUAGAACUGUCAGUAAGCUGAUUCCUCUCGGCUAUCGUACACCUCCUUGGUAUAAAUUUCUUUGUCUCCCCGACGUUCCACUGCUUAAAACAUUCAAGAUAGCGGCCAAACAUUUUGCGGAGAAAUAUUGACGGUCUUUUGUCGGUCACAAAUUUUCGCGCUCGAGCCACGACCAAUCAGAUCUCUUUAGUGCUACGUCAUCUAGCAGGCUUAGAUUAUCUAAUGAAACGGAAUAAGUAAGCCACUUGGGAGCUAAAUUCAACUUUUACUGUGGGACCACACCGUAUGUCUACCCUGUUAAUACGACCACCUCUUCACUAUGACACCAUUUGUAGUCCAUUUAGCUUAGUUCGACAUGUUCGUAUUUUAUUAACGUUAGGGCAGCCACUAUUUUAUGACCCAAAGGUGGUCGCAUUAGCGGGGUAUGGUCUCGCCAACCAUGAGUCUUUGAAUGCAAUAUUUACUUCCUUCCAUUGUUCUAUUUCCAUAUGUAUCGGUUGAGUCUGAAGUCUUUCCGGCCUUGGCUUUCGUAAGUUUUAUUUUUGUACAAAGUAACCAAAGAUUAGCUGUGACGUUUUUCUAAAAAUAGCUUCGCUUGUAUUACAAAUUACGGGUGGCGAAGAAAAUUACAAUAGUGUAAGUUAUAUUGCUACUGAACUGAAAUUCACUUCCCGUGGUUGAUGAUUUUCUUUAUUGUCAUCGACUGUCUGCAUGACCAGGCAUUGAUAAUGUAAGGA